GUUUUCCUCUCUCGACCAGAAACGGUCCUGUCCUGGCGUUUCUGAAGUUUCUUCCGAAUCCCACAUGCCCCUCGAAGGCCCCGCGGACUCGCGCCAGCGGGCCGCCGCAUGCGCAGUAGCACGACGUGCUCGGCGAUGAGGAGGGGGAUGAGUUUUCCGUAACCUGAAGCUACAUCCUCCUGAUUCCUUAUUAAAGAAAAAGGCGGGAACUAGUCAAAACCCGCGGAGUGAUGGGACGCUCGGAGCUGCUCGUCCCGCCCGUUUCGGCCUCUCAUUGGUGAAUGUCCGCGGCUCAUGUCAGAGGAGCCCGCCUGAUUGGCUCUCAGGCUCUAGGGGUGCAGCCCUCCAGCGCCGACCCCGCCUCCUCCAGCUGCCGACGUGGGGCGGGCAGCAGCCGGCGUUUGGGAGCCGCCGCCUCUGUGCGGAGCGGGAGGCGGGCAUGGGGGGGCUGCGGCUGCUGGCAGUGGCCCUCACGUGCUGCUGGUGGCCACAGGGCAGCCAGGGUAAGACCCUGCGGGGCAGCUUCAGCAGCACCGUGGCCCAAGACGCCCAGGGCCAGCGCAUCGGCCACUUCGAGUUCCACGGUGACCAUGCUCUUCUGUGUGUCAGAAUCAACAACAUAGCAGUAGCUGUUGGAAAAGAAGCUAAACUCUACCUGUUCCAAGCUCAGGAAUGGCUAAAGCUACAGGAAAGCAGUCAUGGUUAUAGCUGUAGUGAAAAAUUAUCCAAAGCUCAGUUGACAAUGACCAUGAACCAGACUGAACAUAAUCUGACAGUGUCCCAGAUUCCAUCUCCGCAAACAUGGCAUGUGUUUUAUGCAGACAAGUAUACGUGCCAAGAUGACAAGGAGAACUCUCAGGUGGAAGAUAUCCCAUUUGAAAUGGUGUUACUAAACCCAGAUGCUGAAGGGAAUCCAUUUGAUCAUUUUAGUGCUGGAGAAUCCGGGUUACAUGAGUUCUUUUUCCUCCUAGUCCUAGUGUACUUUGUGAUUGCUUGCAUUUAUGCUCAAUCAUUGUGGCAGGCUAUUAAGAAAGGAGGACCCAUGCACAUGAUUUUAAAGGUUCUGACAACUGCAUUGCUGUUACAAGCUGGUUCAGCUUUAGCUAAUUACAUUCAUUUCUCCAGUUACUCCAGAGAUGGAAUAGGGGUACCAUUUAUGGGAAGUUUGGCAGAAUUUUUUGACAUCGCUUCCCAAAUUCAGAUGUUAUACCUACUUUUGAGUCUAUGCAUGGGUUGGACAAUAGUCAGAAUGAAGAAGUCUCAAAGCAGACCUCUUCAGUGGGAUUCUACUCCUGCGUCCACUGGAAUUGCAGUAUUCAUUGUCAUGACACAGAGUAUUUUGCUACUUUGGGAACAGUUUGAAGAUACCAGUCAUCAUAGCUACCAUUCACACCACAACUUAGCAGGGAUCCUCCUAAUCAUUCUAAGAAUUUGCCUAGCAUUGUCAUUAGGCUGUGGACUCUAUCAGAUCAUCACAGUGGAGAGAAGUACGCUCAAAAGGGAGUUCUACAUCACAUUCGCCAAAGGCUGUAUCUUGUGGUUUUUAUGCCAUCCAGUUCUUGCAUGCAUUUCUGUCAUUUUUAGUGACUACCAAAGGGACAAGGUUAUUACAAUAGGCGUUAUCCUUUGCCAGUCCGUUUCCAUGGUUAUUCUCUACAGACUCUUUCUAUCUCACAGUCUAUACUGGGAAGUUUCUUCCCUUUCCUCAGUAACACUACCACUGACCAUAUCAUCUGGACACAAAAGUCGCCCUCAUUUCUGAUACUUGAUUUUUGUUGAGAGGAAAAGUGAAUUGGUUAAAAUUUUGAGUGCAAUAAGGAUCCAAAUACAGUGACUUUUUGUCAUACAUUUGGUGUGAAAACUUGAACAGCGAAAGCAGAGCAUGUUAUUUAUAUAACUGCAUUUAAGCAGUACCAAAACUGAAAAAAAAGGUAAUAAAUGAAAUGUUCUGAAAUGUACUUAAACAGACUUUGAAGAAAGUGUUGUUAUAAAAUGAUUGAAGCAAUUUCUAUAUGGAAAUAAAUGUGAAAAAUAACUAUAUGAUAUUUUGGUAAAAUAUUCACCACUUAUAAUGCCUCAUCUUAAUAGCUAACUCAGGUUUAAUAGUCUUACAAAAAGUAAUCAGUUAAAUGAUUACUUGCUUAUACAUAUCUAAACUAGUCCAGUUAUGAAAUCAGUGUAAUACCCUGAUUUUAAAAAGUGCUGCUUUUUAUGCUUUAAGGAAAAUACAUUUCAUAUUUGAAUUUAAAGGAAUUGAAAUUACUUCAGGAGAUGAAUAUAAAAUAUGUUCACAGUUAAAUGAAUAGGCUUUUGUUUAUAUGGGGGUGGAGUUAUUCUCCAUUUUUUCUGCCAUUUUUGGCUCUAGUUCAGGUCUUAGCUUGAUUAGCAAAGGUUUUUGACAAACAGUUUAUGAAAAAAUAAAACUUAAAUACAUUACAUGGGUUGUAAGGACAAAGGAUUUUAAAAUCUGGGUACUUAGGUGAAGGGACAAGCAGGUUUAUGUGUUUAAAAAGAGAGGAGGGAAAAGGUACUAUGUGAUACAGUACUAAAAUUUUAAUCCCAAUAUAAUUCAUUUCUCUUACAUUGAAUCCCCAAUCAUAAUUAAGCCGUAUACACAGAUUAAAUUAACAGAAGCAUUUCCCAUAAAUGUUGGUUUCAGUCAUCAACUACCCAUGAAUUCCUGCCCAAGGAUACUUAAUCAGGAUUAAAUUUUCUAUGAAUAAUUGAAAAACAAAACACUCACUGGAUUUGUUAUAAUCCGUGUUGGCACUGGAUUCUAAGUAGUUGCCAUCUUGAAUCCUUUGUAAUAAAGCCAUACUUUUGUGUGUGUGUGAUGCCCCAGUAUUGAGUAUGCUAGCUAAAAAAUAUCAAGUGCCUGAUUAAAGAAUUGCUAAAUGGUUGUUGAUACUUGCUGUACAAAAUAAGUGUUCCCAUUAAUAGUCACUGAUUGGAAAUUAUUCCGUUGCUCUUUGUCAGGCUGUUGAGGACUUUUUCUUUUUACUCUGGCUUAUUUUAAAAAUAUUUUUAUCUACUUUAAGCAAGAAACAGUGCACUGAUCUGGUAGUUAAAAUCUUUUAAAAGCUAAAAUAAUGUAGUGCAGCUUAAAAAAUAUCUAUGGCUUUGUCUUUGUUUUUCCCUUGCACCUAGUCUCAUUGGAAAUAACUAGUAUUCUGCAUCAUUUUCAGGUCAGAAUAUGGGUUUGUGACUUGCAAAAUGACAAAGUUACAAAGUUCGACCUGCUUAUUAAAUCAUUUCUCUAUUAGUUCUUUGUAAAUCAUUUAGUAAAUUAGAGCUACAGGUUAAGACUAGAAAGUCUGAGUUAUGUUUUAGGUUUACAUGAUCGUCUGAGUGGCCAUAACCUUUUCUUUUAUCAUGUCUCACUAAUAACCCCAGCUAUUGCCUGUUGUGUUCAGCUGAGAUGCAGUUAAUUAAGCAAAAAAGGAAAAAGGUGAAGCCUUUUCAUAAAUUUUGUGAACUUGCCAAAAGGGGAAGGGAAGAAUCUUUGUAUUACUUUAUUCAAAGAACAUAAAUGACGGAAUUUAACGUAAAUGAAAUUUAUUGCUCUGCUUGCAUUUAUGAAACAAGUUUUUUGAACUUUAAUUCUUAAAUUUAUGGUUGAAAUUGCUGAUAGUUUAUUUUGUUAUUCAAGAGCCAUUGUUAAGUGGAGGAAAGUAGUCGUUAAUAAGCAUGUAAAAUUGUUCUUGACUAGUUAUCAGGGACAAAAUUUAUAGUUCAUAAGUCAUGACACAGUAUUCCCUCUUUUUCUGAAUGUUUACAUUGAGAUUCAUCACUGCAGAUUACAGAAAGUUAAGUGUAUACUACAAACUCUAAAGAUAAAAAUAUUUUCUAUUUUGCCAGAUAAUGCUUUUUUAUGUGUUUUUACAUUUUUUUUAAAGAAGAUGAAUGGUUUAUCCAGAGUUUUAUUAAUGAACGUUUCUUUUCUUCCCUUAAAAAAUAGAUGUUUAUUUUUAUUGAUGUGUGUAUAAUGAGAUGGGUACCUACUGUGAUGCAUCAGGCAUUUUACUUUCAUUAUUAUUAAUCUCUAAUAGCCAAGCUCCCAUUUAACUGAGUAUAAGAGAGAAUAAAUGAUUUCUCUAAGGUCACCAAACUAGUUUUUCCACUUUACCUUCAUGAUUUAAUGAACACGUAUUAGCUGUGUUUUAGUGAGAAUGAAUUGCUAUCCAUAAUUUUCGCUGUUGAUGUGAACAUUAAACCUGGAACUAUGCUGAAAUCAGAAAAUGAGCUUGAAUACCUGUAAGACCUCAGCACACUUCAGUAUUUGAACCUGGCUUUUAGUCAGAAUUACCAGCAGGAGCGUUAAUCAAGGAAGAAGACCUUGCUUUAGGGUAAUUGUUUAUGAUCUCUGGUAAAGUAAGUCACAUCUGAUGAACACAGGAGAUACACAAACCUGAGACCAUCUCUAAAAUAAUGAGACUAGAACCUAUCUAUCGACAUGAACCUGGGCUCCUUCAACAUGUUUAUUCUAGGAGACUGCACGUUCUUUGGAAAUUGGAAACCUGGAAUUGUCUGUGAAACAUUUUCUUAAAUAGCUUCUGUGGUACCAAAUCAUGAGGUGGUUUUUGAGAAUUGAUAUGAUUGUCAGAAGUAGCCAGAUCCGGAGAGGUAAUACCGUUUUUUUCUUCCAACAUGUAUUUGUGAACUGAGAGUGAGAUAAAGAGAUUGGUUUUCCUCUGUGAUCUGAGAAUAGUGUGGUAGAAGCACUGCAGCUUGAUCUCUUGCAGUAGCUCUCUAAGUAAUAUUACUGCUUCCACACUUGGGUGGCUUUCUGCCCAGCUCCAGGGGGUCAUAUGUAUUGUGCUGUAAGGAGUGCCAUGAAGCCUGGAGGUGAGGAAAGAAGUGUUUCUGCCCACUAGGGCCAUUCUCCCCAGUGUAGCCAAAACAAUCUCUUAAAAGUAGAAAUCAUCUGGAUGAUAAGCAUACAGAAAUUCUUUGUGCUAAUCUUACAACUUUUUUGUAACUUUGAAAUUAUUUCAAAAAGUUUUAAAAUCGUAUAAAUCAGAUCAAACUACCACUACGUCCCUGAUUUAAAAACAAAACAAAACAAUACUCCGUUUGGCUCUCAUUGCACUUAGGAAAAAGUCCUUGUUCAUUACCAUGUUCUGCAAGGCCCAUAUGAUCUGGUUAUCUCUUAAUUUGUACCACUCUCUCUCACAUAUAUCCCAGCCUCAGAUACUUGGCACUAGCCAUAUUCUCUGUCUAGGACAUUCUCUCCCAUGGCUGAAUCCUCAUCCUUCAGGUUCUCAGCUCAGAUGAUGUCUUUUAGAGAACUCACACCAUCUGUGGUGGAUUUAUAUGGUGCAGGUUAGUCAACCUGGAGAUGUGUUCCCCAGAAUUCUCUCCAUGUAUAAUUUGAGGACAAUGUGGGCCAUAAGAAAGGUUUGAUACAAGAUAAAGAAAGCAGAAGUAAAGCAGCAGCCAGAUCUGAAUUCUCUUUUUAAGUGGAAGGACCAAACAAGGCACAAGGCACUGUUGCAGCUUAUCCACAUUAUUGUUUAUCUGUUGGCUCAUCUUGGCCUGUGGGACAACCGUCAGGCCCACAGCAACACCAGCUCCUGUUGGAAUGCCUCCUCCAGCUUCUCUGGCUCCUGAGUCAGGGGUGCAUUUUACUCUGACAAAGGGUGCCAGCUUCUGCUGGACAACCCCCUCAUUCAUACUGGAGGGUUGGAGGCAGUAAGAGACCUAUAUGGCUUCCAGUCCGUCCUCACAAGUUCCACUCUGUUCCCACAGGUUCUCAUCUUAGCAGGUUCCUUGCUUCCCCCAUUUCCCAUGUCUUCCCUUUCCAGCUGACAAACACAAAAGAAACAGCCUCCCGUAAUUCCUGUAAGUCCCUUAUUUUGAAUAUUAAGAUGUGUGUAUGUGUUUGAUUCUAGUGGUUCUUUUCCGGUCAGACCCUGAUUGACAUACCAUCCUAUCUAAUGCUAUUCCCCAAUCCUAGUUCUAUCAUAUUAUCCCCUUUCUUCUUGGUUGUACUUAGCUGGUUUAUCUUUGUCAUCUCUCUAGAAUGUAAAUUUUAAG